AAAUACAUUAAAAAAGAGAGAGAGAGAGAGAAAUCAUGGGAAAAGGUGGUGGAUGUGUUUCUAGCAAAAACAAAACUUCCAAAUCUUCAAAUUCUAAAAAAAAUUCCAUCAAUACUCCUUCAUCAUCAACCAAAAACCUUAAAAUAUUUAUCGUAUUUUAUUCGAUGUAUGGACACGUGGAGAGCUUAGCAAGAAGGAUUAAGAAAGGAAUAGAAACUGUGGAAGGUGUGGAAGGGAUACUGUAUAGAGCACCUGAAACGAUAUCGGAAGAUGUCCUUCUGAAAAUUCAGGCCCCACUUAAAGAUGACACGAUUCCCGUAAUAUCAUCACCAGAAGAUCUUGUUGAUGCUGAUGGGUUCUUGUUUGGGUUUCCCACCAGGUUUGGUUGCAUGGCGGGUCAGAUGAAGGCAUUGUUUGAUUCAACUGGGAAUUUGUGGAAGGAGCAAAAGCUUGCUGGAAAGCCUGCUGGUUUUUUUGUGAGUAGUGGUAGUCAAGGAGGUGGACAAGAGACCACCGCUUGGACAGCAAUAACUCAACUAGCACACCAUGGAAUGCUCUUUGUUCCAAUUGGCUACACUUUUGGAGCCGGCAUGUUCGACAUGGACACGGUCCGAGGAGGUUCACCGUAUGGGGCCGGGGUCUUCGCUGGAGAUGGUUCGAGAGAAGCUACCGAAGGAGAGUUAGCGCUCGCAGAAUAUCAAGGCAAAUAUAUGGCUACAUUUGUUAAGAAAUUGGUUCAUGGUUGAUGAGGAAAUUGAAGUUCUUUUACUAUAAAAGGCUAUAGAUUGUUUGUUGAUUGGUUUGCACUUUGAAUAUUAGUUUGUGUUCUUCAUUGAUUUCUUUGUUUUAAACAUUGAUCAUCGACAAUUAUUAUUAUGUUAGGGUGCUUGGCUAAGCUAAUAAGUUUGUUA